AAAUAAAGGACGCGUAAAAUAUUCCCCCAGAGCGCAGCGCAGGGCAGAGACUCACACGGACCGCGCGGAGGACACAGACCGGGCCACACGGUGGAUUUGUAUCGUUUUCGUCGCUACGGACCCGUCCAUCUGUCACAGACCCCCCUGGCCACAUGAGCAGCGACAUAUAGCCGGGACGUGUAGCCGGGAAUCAGGUCGGACCGUUCAAGGAAAAACCUGCGGAGGCUGCCCUGUGGAGAUAGUGGUCAUACUUCCAAUUGCCCCAAGUGAAGUCGGAGGUGUUUCUCCUCUCCAUCCACUGCUACAGGCUACCUGCUGCUGCUACAGAGGGGGGACUACGUCUAGAGACCCGUGGAUCGCUUGAGAGCACCCUUUUAUGUUUUAGGGAUUUUAGGAUCUCUCAAAUAUUAACAUUUUUGCACACCAAGUGUGUUCCUCUCUUGUCCUUUUUGGGAUAUAUACAGUGAUCUUCUUUUUUUAGUACUUUAACGUGCCUUAAUAACUGGUUAUAAUCCAGUCUAACUGUGGCAUUAUCACCAGACCUGAGACGCUCAACAGGGAGAAGACGAUUAUUAUCAGCUUUAGAGCCCAGGCAGGAUUACUGGUUCCACCACCCCUCCAGCGAGCUGAAACCAUGAGCCAGGCGGAUGUGUCGACUUGCUCCGCGCCGCAGAGGGUUUUCCAGGAGGCGGUGAAGAAGGGCAACACCAAGGAGCUGCACUCUUUGCUGCAGAACAUGACAAACUGCGAGUUCAACGUCAACUCCUUCGGGCCAGAAGGACAGACGGCCCUGCACCAGUCUGUCAUUGACGGCAACCUGGAGCUGGUAAAACUGCUGGUGAAGUUUGGUGCAGAUAUCCGGCUGGCCAACAGGGAAGGGUGGAGCGCUUUACACAUCGCCGCCUUCGGGGGCCACCAAGACAUUGUGCUAUACCUCAUCACCAAGGCCAAGUACUCCUCUGGCGCCCGGUGAUCUGUCUCUGCUGUCAGGUAAAACAAGAAAAUACAACAACAAGUGGAAAAUAAAACUGCAACACACGGGAAAGCCAGGCUCUUGUAAAAGCAAAAAAACUGCCAUUAUCUACAUAGUUGUGCCAAAUUAUAUUAAAAAAGGAAUAAAAAUAGACCUGCACAAUAAUCUUCCCUCAUUGUAAACCAAACGGGGCCCUCUGUGCACUCCUGAGUGAAGCACCGCAUGGUUUCAUACACAGCGACACGAAUCUUAAACAAAAGCAACGCCAUCUCGGUGAGUUUGUUGGUACUAAAGCUUUCCUCUUGAAUGUGUAUCGUCCACUAUAAAAGAAGCCAGUGUCUGUGUAUAUCACAUGUGUGUGUGUUUGGACUCCAGAGUGCAGAUGGCCCAGUUUUUUUCUAUCCAUGACCUCCCAUUCCCAGUUGAAUAGUUUCUUUGUGAGGGGGGGCUGUUUUUUUGCUCCUCAUUGUUCACUUGUAAAACCCUUUUUAAGUUAUUUUAUAUGAAACACGGCACUUGAUGCUACAUGGCUGCAUGCUGGAAUAUCUGAAAGGGAAGACACAUGAACAAGAGAAGAAGGGUUGCCCUCUGUUGGCUACCAGAGGUCUGUUUUCUUUAAUCGAUUCAUUGAUUUUUUUUUAUUUUGAUUUUUUUUUACUCAAAGAGCGGCAUUAUGGCUAUCCAACACGCUUUCAGAUGUGUAAUCAUUAUGUAACAACAAGUGACUCCAUCAUUGUUGUGAAGUACUGUACACAAUAGCUUUACUUUGUUUUUUAAAGAGAAAAAAGAGACAGUAUCUGAAUGCGCUCUCAUGCAGAUCUUGCCAUGCUGGCGUCCAACUUUUCAGGCCAGUUUAUUUGCGACCGAUGGUCAUUGUGUUAUUAAGAAAAAAAAGAAACCGCUGCUUUCGCUUUGUAUCAAAAAAAAGUCGCAUUUGGAAAUCACUUUAUAAUCUCCUUUCAGUAUUUUAUUAACAUCCUAGUCAUCACUGUGAAAGCAGGCUGGGUUUUUUUUUAUUUAUGAAGGUACAUUUAAUUGAGAAGAUGCAUUUUUGAAUAUGUUGUGGUUCUUCUUAAAAAAAGAUCUAUAAGUGUAAGAAUAUCUAGGGUGACUCAAGCUGCUUCAGACUCGUAGUAUAAACUGUCCCGUGUGGAGGUAGACCUGCCACUCCCCCCCUCCCUCCCUCACCCACCCACCCAUCCACCCUUCUGUUAAAGCCUGUUGACCCUCAAGAGGACUUUCUCCCCCCUUUCCUCCCCCUCCUCCCAUUAAAAGGACUUUGUUUGGUUGCCUUUUGCCAGCUACCUCGACUAUAAAGUAUUCUCAAGUUGUUCAGCUCUCUCACCACUCUGCCACGUUGUUUGGAGUCUGAGGGGAUUCACAAUUUGUCUGUGAUCAUCCAACAUGCCAGUAUGUUUUGUUUUGUGUAGCCUAACAGACAGAUGGACUUCAAUAUAGAAGAUGCAAUGAACCCAUUCCUGCAUCCUCAGUCGGGACAGUUUAUUUUACACUACAACCAAACCAAUUCUGUCAAGCAAUGCAUCGUUUUGCCUUUUCUGCAAGGGUUCUCUCUCUCUUUCUCUCUCUCUGUAUGUGUUUGUCACAUUGUUUUCCCUAUAAACCUCCACUUUCCUCUCUUUUACUUUCUGUCUUCAUCAGCCUUUUUUUCUAUUAUUUUCCAGUCAUACAAAAAAAUGGAAUUGUAUCGCAUGACUUAUAAAUGCAGGGAGUUUUAUUGCACAAAAAUGCGGAGCCUUGUGCGCCCCCAGUGUUUGUACGGGGUAACUGCAGGAGCCAAGGCUUUGGAAUAGUUACUACUACUGAGCAGGACCCUAAUACUGUUGGACGAUGAAGACUUUAACAACACAUGACUAUUGCAGGAUGUCAUAGAAAAGGAAAUUGGUUUCAUAAACUUGCCUGCUGCAUUUUGAAAGUCAUGGCACCCUAACAUUUGUAUCAAUGCUGCUUGUAUGUUUCUUUUUUUUGUUAAUGUUGAUGUUUUUUUGUUUUUUUUAAAGCCUACUGCUCAAACAGUUGUAUAGAAGCUUCACAGCAGCACUGGAUCACCACAUGAGAAGCUGUUGAAAGAGAGAGUGUGUGUUUUUUUUGUUUCUUUUUGUAAUUGAAGUGUGUUUGUGUGAGUGUGUGCUUCUCAUGAGGGCCAGCGCGUGUGUCGCUGUUGUUAAAACUUCCCAUUUUUAAACCUGGAACAACCACAAAUAAACUGAAGCGAUAGAUCCACUACAUCAAGGUAUAUAGGUUGGUAUCAGGCAACAAAUUAAAUAUGCAUCGCUUGUCUUAAACUUGAUGGGGUUUUUUUCUCUUUUUUUUUUUUUUUGUUUGAAUAUUGCACUGAUGACUGUUGUUGAAAAGUUGGCUUUUAUGUGUCAACAUUUUUAAUUUUUUUUUCUGAAUAGAAAAAAAACAAACACAACAAAAUACUAUUGUAUAAAUAUAUGCUCCAGGUGAUAAUGUCCUAAUGUGUGUGUUACUUUGUGGAAAAAACAUGAUGUUUUUUUAAACAAAGAUGCGUGUAUCUCUGUGAUUGGGUGUAUGUAUAUAUACAUAUGGAUAUAUAUAUUGACGCUGAAGAUGAUGAUGAUGAUGAUGAUGAUGAUAUCUUGGGGCACUUUCUUUUCUGAAGUGCUGUCUUCCUGUUUUUUUUUGAAAGGGGAAUAAUACAUUUGAUGGUAAGAUCAUUGUAACAUGAUUAAAAAUUGCACGGUUGUGUGGUUGUUUGGCUUACCAGGGUCAUAACAUUUAUGACGUAAGGAGCCAGCCGCCGGAUUGGUGUACAUGAGUGAGAUGAUUUUUUUUUUAAAAGAGAAAAAAAGUGCUGACUUCUUUGGACCAAGAUGUGUUUCUGGUCUUGCUUCAUUUCAAGCAAGAGGAAACAGCUGAUUUUUCAUGAGUGAUGCAGAUGUUCCAUCAUGUUUGAUUUUGUUUGUAUUCUUUUAUUUUUGAACGUUUGUAACACUGUGAUGAUGACGUGAUGUCAUGUGGAGAUGAGUGCUGUAUUAUUUUUGUACGUUUGUGUACAAGCCAGUAAAGAAAUCAUUAAACUCAAAUUUCUCUG